CAUCCUAAUAAUAACAAUAAUAUUGUUAUUAAUAAUAAUAGUUGCAGCAGUGGCAGUGGCAGCAGCAACAGCAACAGCAACAGCAACAGCAACAGCUGCUCCAAUGAUAACACAAAAACUAACCACAUGAGACACUCCACAAACGAGAUUUAAACUCAAAAAUGCAAAUUACAAUUUACAUGCAAACGACGCAGAAGACGAACAACAACAACAACAACAACAAGCAGCCUUGGUCUAAGUUGCCAACUGUGUGAAUAACUAACUAAUACUAUAUUCUACAACAUAUCAACAUCAACAUCAACAGCAGCAUCAGCAUCAGCAAGCGACGUCAAGAUGAUCAAAGGCAUUUUGAUACAGCGCAAAAGUCAGGACGAUGCCAGCUACACGAAGCAGCUCAAAAUGGAGCACGCCGACCUGGUCGCCGAGAUGCAGACCGUGGAGAGUCUGCCCACCCACGAGAGACUCCAACUGGCCAGACUGAGACGCGCUCAGCAGUUGAAGUUGGCCAGGCAGAAGGAGAAGGAAUGGCUCAAGCUGCAGCGAGCCAAGGGCCAGACGGGCAGUGGAGGUGGCGGUGGCAGUGGCAGCAACGGUAGUGGCACCGUGGCCAGCAUAUUGAACGGCGGCACCGGCGACACAACACAUCAUUUUCGGCAUGCCAAUGGCUCCGGCACGCUGAGCGGCAGGCGGCACAUAUCGUUCGAGAAUAGCGUGGUGCUAUUGGAGGCGGCGUCGCGGAACGAUAUGCCCGAGGUGGCGGCACUGCUGCAACACGGCAUCACACCAGAUGCGGCCAACGAGGAUGGCUUGACGGCGCUGCAUCAGUGCUGCAUUGACAACAAUGUGGACAUGCUGCGGCUGCUGCUCGACUAUGGCGCCAACGUGGAUGCCCAGGACAGUGAUAAAUGGACGCCGCUGCAUGCGGCGGCCACCUGCGGCCAUUUGGAGCUGGUGCGCAUACUCAUACGGCACAAUGCCAAUCUGUUGGCCGUCAAUACGGAUGGCAAUAUGCCGUAUGAUCUGUGCGACGACGAGAAUACCCUGGACUUUAUUGAGGGCGAAAUGGCGCAGCGCGGCGUCACCCAGGAGCUCAUUGAUGAGACGCGCUCCUCCACGGAGCGUGUCAUGCUCAAGGAUCUAAUGGAGCUGGCGCGCACCGGUGCUGAUCUCGAGGAGCCAGACUCUCAAGGCGCCACGCCGCUGCACAUAGCUUCUGCCAAUGGCUACGUGCGCGUCGUGGAGUUUUUGCUGGAGCAGCACGUCAAUGUGGAUGCCAUGGACAAGGAUCUGUGGACGCCUGUGCAUGCGGCAGCAUGUUGGGGACAUCUCGAAGUUCUGGAGAUGCUGGCGCAAUGCGGUGCUGAUUUGAAUGUGCGCAACAAAGAUGAUGAAACGCCUUCAGAUAUCUGCGAGGAUCCAGAGAUACGUGAGCGCAUCGAGCAGCUGAAAACGGAACAGGAGAGCAAACGACUGGCGGAGGCGCAACGAAGGCGCGUUCGGCGCUCGCAGAGCAAUAAUACCAGAGCCCAAUCGGUGCGUCGCACCAGCCUGCGCGACAAAACGCUUACAACCAAAAAGGAUGCUGUGGAGGAGGCUCGACUGCGUCUGCAGGCGCAGGAGGCCACUGAUCCAGGCUCCACAACGACCACGGCUCCCGCUGAUCUGCCCAAUGGCUAUGGCUAUCACACGACCAACAACAACAACAACAAUAACGUUAACAAUGCCGAGAAACGCCCCUCAACGGCCAGCCUGUCGCACUCCAAGUCCGCGGAUGCCGUGGACAACAUAACGCUCACAACGACACAUUCCUACCUGCCGCGUCGUCCGCCCGACGGACGCGAGAACGACGAGCAGCUGCUGCUCAAGGCGGGUGAUCCGGGCGCCAGUGGCGGCGGCGAGCUGCAGCGUGCCACCUCGGCCGCCGCGGUCAUACUGACUGAGAAGGGCACCGCUGCCAGCGCUGAGGCGGUGCAGAUUCAGUCGUCCAAGGCGGCGGGCAAUGGCAAGAUCAACGUGCAGGUCACUGUGCUAGUGGACACAAACAGCACCCAUCAUCAGCAACAUAGCCAGCAACAUCAGCAGCAGUUGCAGCAACAUGCUUUGCUGCUGCAGCAACAUAAUCACCAGCAACAGCAGCAUGGCCAGCAACAUGUUCCUCAGCAAUAUGUUGCUAUGGAUGCGGGUGCCGUUACUUUGUCAAAUUUGAAAAAGCAACGUUCACUCUCGCGCACCGCCAAUGUGCUUAAUAAUUUCGAGCUUUCAUCCACUACGAGCGCUGCAAGUGCUACAACUGCAACGACAGCAACAAGUGCAACAACAACUAAUGGUUCUGUUUUAGGAGCCGCCACUACGGUUAAUCACAACAACAACAAUAACAAUAACACUAGCAGCGCUAACAACAACAAUAACAACAUGGCCGCCGGUCCGAUCGCUGCGCAGCCAUUGGGACUGGGCGCAAUGAGUCCCAGCUUACUGGACUUUGAGACAGCUGCGCCAAUGGCAACAUCUGGCAACGCCAAUUCGGUCAACAAGUUCUGUGGCAACACUGGCGACGUGGUCAGCGACAGCACGAGCACCAGUCGCAAAUGCUGUGUGCUAAUGUAAGCAGCCGACGUCACAGCGGAUAACAGGGUAUUAUUACAAUGAAUUGCCAGCCGGUUAAGCUUACCAACAAACUAUAAAAGUAGAGAAAAAGAUUGUGUGUUUCUUUGUAUGUAUGUACGUAUGUGUGUAAAUGGGGGGCGGGGAAGAGAGAAAAAUCAAACAAACAAAUUAGCAAUUUUGAAAUGCCUGGCAAAAA